GCUUCCUCAAGGCGGGACAUGGAGCGACCGUACAGUCCUAGCCGCUCCGUCCCGGCUCCCGCGCUCACGAGCUCAGCCCCGGCCUCGGUGACUCUGGCGCAGCUCCUGCAGCUGAUUCAGCAGGGCCAGGAUCUCCCCGGCUUGGAGAGACGCCACAUCGCGGCGACUCAUGGCGAACCCACGAUUUCUCGGCUCCCGCGGAGGCCCAAGCCCUGGGAGGCCGCAGCCCUAGACCCGGGGCCAGGGGCCUCGCCAACCCUUACAAGAGGAAGAGCUCCCGCAGAGCCUGGGGCAGCGGAGGCAGCGACUUCGCCUUUUUAAAUGGCACACCGAGGAUUCCUGGGGUUUUACUCAGGGGGGAUUUGGAAGGCGUGGCUGCAGGACCCUGGAUACCGACAACUCUUUUGGGCAUUCUCUGGAAGUGUCUGACCUGGACUUAAUCCUCCUGGGACAAUUGGGAUUGUUCUGUGUUCGCGUAUGUCUGGACCACGAUCCUCAGUAAAAAGAAAAAUCCUGUUU